AUGGCGGUCAGUGCUCCAGCCUACCCUGCGAUGCUCAGAGCAGUGGCAGCCGAUAACUCUGUUACCCGAGCCUGUCAGCAAAUCCUAACGAUGCUGACGCUAUGGCUGGUUGUCGUGUUGGUGACGCUGUUGUUUCCUGUUACGUCGACUCUGAACGUGUGCGCGAAGCCUCCAGCUAUGUCAAAGAUGCUGAAGGUGCUGAGGCCGACAUCCAAAGUGCUGGUAGACUGCGCAGCCGAUGUGAUUAUCACUUACAGGGCAAACGCUAGCCUCCUCGCAAAGAUCGUACAAAUGGUUUGCGAGUAUCAUGACGAGUGCUACGAUGGAAUACUGGACAUAAAAGAUAGGGCUACGAGAAGAGGUAUAGCCGGUCAAUGCUUUCUCAGAAAGUUCCUGAACAUAUAU